CACUGAGUGAACAAUGUUAUCAUUCAUUGAAGAUGUGAUAUGCUAGAUGUCUCGUACACACCGACACAAACAUCCAAUAGAUCUGGCGUUGGUUUCUUACAUCACUCACCAGAAAAAUAUCCUAGAAUCCCUUCGACUUUGGACUCGUUUCUGUCCAUCUUUUUGGGGACGUGAGACGUGAUGUCGAGUCAACCGCCAUUUCCGGCUCAUGGGCCGGCCCUUUUGUCGGUGGGCGGGGCUGUGGCAGGGGGUGAGGUGGUGGCACCCCUGUCACCUACUGUCAGCUUAGGUGCCCAUCCUAAUCCCCGAGGAUCUUCGCAAGGUCCGGGUUUGGGCCAGGUGGAACACAUCCAUUAUCUGUCUGAACAUAUUGGGGCCUUGUUCUUAGAUGAUGAGUACAGUGAUGUCACCUUCGUGGUCCGAGGUCAGCGCUUCGAGGCUCAUCGGGUCAUUUUGGCCGCCCGAUCCGAGUACUUUCGGGCUCUAUUGUUCGGCGGGAUGAUCGAAUCCAAGCUCAAAGAAAUCGAGUUGAAGGACACGUCCUUGCCGGCCUUUCGCUUCCUUCUCCGUUACAUAUACACCGGUCAGAUGAAUUUGGGCAAUCUCAAGGAUGAUCUCAUUGUGGACAUUCUCGGCUUGGCUCAUCAAUACGGCUUCCAGGACUUGGAAACGGCCAUUUCCGAUUAUCUCAAAGCCAUCCUAAACAUUCACAAUGUUUGCUUCAUUUACGACACCGCUUCCCUGUAUCAGUUGGAUCAACUCAAAUCGUCCUGUUGUCUUUACAUGGAUCGACACGCACAAGAGAUCAUCAAGCAUGAUGCAUUCAAUACUCUCACAGCCAGCGGCAUCCGCGAUGUCAUAUCUCGAGACUCGUUUUGCGCACCAGAGGUGGAAAUCUUCCAGGCAGUUCACAAAUGGGUCCAAGCCAAUCCCGCGGAGGAUUCCAGCCAGAUUCUGGCCGCAGUUCGACUCUCGUUGAUGUCCACGUCGGAUCUACUUAAAGUUGUCAGACCCUCCAAUCUUGUUCCACCGGAUGCUAUGUUGGAUGCCAUCGAAUCUCGCUCCGACUCUCGGGACAUGGAACUCAAAUACCGUGGUUAUCUCAUUCCGGAGGAGAAUGUGGCCCAACCGAGGCAUGACUCUCAGGUUUUGAUUGGCGAGGUGAAGCAAGCUCUGUUGGAUGGCGAUACAAAGAACUACGACAUGGAACGUGGCUUUUCGCGACAUCCAAUCGACGAUAUUCAGGAUAAGGGCAUCGUUGUUCGACUCGGAAUGCAGUGCAUCAUCAAUCACGUCAGAAUGUUGCUAUGGGAUCGAGACUCGAGAGCCUACUCUUACUUCAUUGAGGUGUCCAUGGAUCAAGAGGAUUGGAUCCGCGUGGUGGACCAUUCCAAGUUCUUGUGUCGCUCUUGGCAGGAUCUCUAUUUCGCCCCAAGGGUGGUGAGGUACAUCAGGAUUGUGGGAACGCACAACACCGUCAACAAAGUGUUCCAUCUGGUCUCUUUUGAAUGCUACUAUACUAAGAAGCCGUUCCAAUUAGACGAGCAAGGGAUUGUCAUUCCCCGUCAAAAUGUGGCCACCAUUCCCAAGUCUGCAUGCGUGAUUGAAGGGGUUUGCCGGACUCGAAACGCCCUUCUCAAUGGGGAGACCAGUCAGUACGAUUGGGACUCGGGAUACACCUGCCAUCAAUUGGGAUCCGGAUCUAUCGUGGUUCAACUUGGCCAGCCUUAUGCAUUAAGCUCCAUGAAACUGCUGUUGUGGGAUUGCGACAACCGAUCCUACUCCUACUACAUUGAGGUCAGUAUAAAUCAACGCGAUUGGGAAGUGGUGUGUGACCGCUCAAGGGUGAACUGCAAAUCCUGGCAAACGAUUUCUUUCCCUCGACGCCCUGUGGUGUUCAUCAAGAUUGUAGGAACCCACAACACCGCCAACGAGGUCUUCCAUUGUGUCCAUUUCGAAUGUUUCGAAGAUGAUCAAAGCGCAAUUGAAGCUGACAAAACCCAAGGAAAGGCUUUGGUGUCUGCGUCUGCCUCACCUUCCAGGUCCAAUUCUGCUUCUGGAUCCAGUUCAUCAAAUGGCUCGAGUCCUAGAAACCCCCGAGGAGCCACAGGGGUCGUCAAUGAAGACGAUGCUAGUUCCUCCAAUCGAGCAAACUCCGGUCAAUGGCCGCCGGGUUACGAUCAGGCCGCUCGUUUAACUUCUCCGGAUUUACCGGGGCAGGUGCCUCAAAUGGCCGGGGCAUCCCAAAAUCGUCGGGGACCCAACAGCACGAGUGGAGCUGUGGCUCGACCAUUGGCCAGGCCUGCCAAUGCCAUGGAUCACUUUUAUUUACCUCCUCAGGCCGAGGUUGAAGGUCAGAAUGAGAAUCGGGAACGAGCCGCCCAAGGAUUGGGCGCAGUGAGUCGGCAACGUCCGACCCCCAAAGAUAUGGACCCACUUGUAUGAUGAUGAGCUUGAACCCGUCUGUAGGCUUUGUCAGUUGCUUUGUUGUAUGUACUACCGUAUCAAAUGAGAAUAAAAAUGCAGUUCGAUAACGUUAACACGUGAA